AUAGGAAUCGUGUCUGGAAUCUCUCUUGAGUUUCGAGUUAAGUUUACUUGGUCGCAACGAGUUUAAUGAAUUUUACGAGUCUGGAAUGCCUCUUGAAGUUGAUUUUUAUUUUGGUUUUAUUUUCGCAGCAAGAUGAAAGAUUUACAUGUGAAAAGCGUACUAAUAUUUGUAACACUCUCCGUGCUGAUCUAUAUGAGUUAUCAAUGGAUUGUGUACUCACAUUUUCCAACAAACAAAAAGAUAACAAUACUUGCUUUUGGUGACAGUUUAACUGAAGGUAAUACACGAUAUCAAAACAGACGAGCCUGGUUUCCAUAUACGUUACAACUGAAGAAACGAAUCAGUAAAGACUUUCCUAAUAUGGAAGUUACUAUUGUCAAUCGUGGAAUAGCUGGAGAUAAAGCUGCGAACAUGGCUGAUCGUUUAAAGAAAGCUUUAAAGGAAAGAAAAUUUGAUAUAGCUGUUAUAUUGGCCGGUACUAAUGAUUAUAUACAAAUGGUUCGAGAUAACCAAGACACAUGGGCGAGACAAGACUUGAAGGUGGCAAUAUCAGCGACAUUCAGUGCCCAAAAGUUAUUACGAAUAAAUAGAACCAGUAAUGUUAUUAUGAGAGAUGUUUUAUUGUUGCAUAAACACUGCCACUAUAAUAACGUUAAAACUGUUGCCAUGACCAUACCAGAAAUAGACUUCGAGCAAAACAAUGACUUGAGGGUAUAUUUUAAUCAUCGAAAUAAAAUAAAUGAAAAACUUAAGUUUUACGCUCAACGUUUUAGCAAGCAAACCAUUUUUGUUGACUUGGCAAAUGAGAUGCCUUUGUUAAAUUUAACACCAGAGAAAAGAAAAAAGUACUGGGCUGACGGUCUGCAUUUUACUCGGAAAGGUUACGGUAAAGUGGCGGAUAUUAUAUACAAGAAGAUCAAAAAUACAAUCAAAGAAAUUUCAUAUGCGAAACGUUAACUGCCUUCAAUAUUAACAGAGUGUCUACCACAAGUUACAAAUUUUGAAAUCAGAUAAGGUGUUCUUGAGGCGGUGAUACACGAUCCGAAUAAUCGAAUUCGAUUAGUCGAAUUCGAUUUUUAAAAAGAAGACUUUUUCGAUUAAUCGAAAGGUUUUUAGCCAAUCAAAAUCCUUAAAGUCUGGACAUCAAAUGCGCGUUUAAAAAAUGUGAGUUUCUAUAUAAAAAAUAAACAUUAGUAGAGGAACUCUAAAAACAUAAUGUCGUCAAAAAAGGAUAAAACAGAAAUUUCCAAGAUUUUUAUCAGUAAAUGAAGCUUAUUAGAAAAGUAACAAAUAACACACUUCGUUUCUAACGUUUUCUUAAAUAUUUAGUUGUUUUAAUAACUGUAACAGCAGCAAAUUUAACUCUGUCUUCGCUCUCUGAAGACAUUUUAUCGAAAGGAAAUUUUCAAAAAUCUGUCCAGUUUUUAAAAUGUUUAAUAUAUUUUGAUAAAUCGAAUUCGAUUAAUGUGAUCGUGUAUCACCGCCUAGGAAGACUUUUCAAAUCACGUUCUAAAAAACCGUAUUAUUCCACUUAAUAUUUGUUAUUAGCUUUUAACAGACCAAGUUUAACAAUGACAUUUUUAGGUAUUUUUUUUACAUCACAUUCGUUAUAUACCCAGGUAUUUCCUUUACGUCCGUGUGAUACGGGAACUAGAAAUAUUGCAAAAAUUAUAGUAAAAAGUAAAAAGACAUUGAAUAACUUACAAGAAAUGUCAAAAAACAAAACAAAAAAUUUUUACAAAAGUGACAGGAGCCCUGAUUAAUAACACGACGUACAUAACACGCGAUUGGCACCGGUUAAAUAAAUCGCUAUUUAUAUUUAUUUUUAUAACUGAUGUAAUUUUCUAUUUAUUAACUGCACGUAAUAUUUUUUUACGAA